AUGUCGAAUUAAUAAUCAGGUAAUGAGAAAUCCAAAAGCAAAUCCCAAAAACUACAGACCAUGGAAUUGCAUGGAAAAAACUAUAUAUUAUUGGAUAAGUAUUUUUAUAAUCCAGACGAUGUAAUUGGGGAGGGCGCAUUCGGCAAAGUGUAUCGAGGAUUCAAUUUCUAAGUACAGAAUAAAGAAAACGACAAAGAAUGUGCCAUUAAGAAAAUGGAACUUCCAGAGAAUAUGGCAUUAAUGAGUGAUAGAGAGAAAAUGACUUUGGAUGCAGUUAGAAAAGAGAUUUGCGCUUUAAAAUUGCUUAAACACCCCAAUAUCGUAAAGCUGUAUGAUGUUAAGAAAUUACAAAAUGUUAUUUAUAUGGUUAUGGAACUCUGCAAUGAAAAGUCUCUGUCUGAAUUCAUUAAGGAAAACAAAGAAAUCACUGAGCCAGAGAUUAGAUACAAGUUUGGAGAAAUCCUCAAUGGAUUUAAAUACCUCAGGAGUAAAUAAAUCAUCCAUCGAGAUGUCAAACCGGAGAACAUACUUAUUCGAAAAGGAGUCUUAAAAAUAGCCGAUUUUGGAUUUGCAAAAUAACACAACUCAAAGACUUAAUUGCAUUCUUAUCUAGGAACCAGAGCUACUAUUGCUCCCUAGGUUAUUUUAGGCGAUUAUACAGACAAAUGCGACAUUUGGAGUCUAGGAGCUACUCUCUAUUUUAUGUGUUUCAAGAAGUAUCCAUACAAGGAAUUCUAUGCGAGUGAAAUUAAAUUAAUGGAACUAAUGAAAAGAGACUUUAUUGAGUUUCCAAAAAAUGGUAUGCAAGUUUCAUAGCCUUUAUAAUAAAUUAUUGUAUAGAUGAUGAGAUAUAAGGAGGAAGACAGAAUAGAUUGGAACGAUUUAUUUGCAUGUCCUUUGUUUCAGAAUAAAUUAUUAAAGGAAAUGGGAUUGAACAUUUUUGAAUAUCAUGAACCUUAAGAUGAUUCAGUAGAUAUCAAUGAAGCCAAAAUUGAUGACUUUGAUUUUGAAAUGAAUGAUCAUUCUGAAUAAGAAAUUGAAAGAAUCCAUGAAAAUGCUAAUGUUGUUAUCGAUUAAGCUGAAAAAUAAAGAAAAAAUGAAGAAAUCUUCUCUAAAUUGAUUAGUAGACUUACUUUUGAAAAGGGAAAAUGUAUGUUCUUAAGACUACUAUCUUAAAGAGUCAAAGAAUAUGAAUUAGCCUUAGCUAAUAAAUUAAUCUUUGAAAAAAGCAAAGUAGACAUUUCAGAUCAUCUGAAAUCACUAAGAUUUGGAUUAAAUAAAUUUGAACUUAUUAUCAGUAGAGGAUUAGUGGAAUGGAUGGAAGUUAAUAAAAACUUUAAAUAUUAUUGUUGUUGGGAUAUUAAUAAUCCAAUAGGAGUAAAUGAAACGGAUUGGGAAAAUUUCCUAACUGAAGGAUUAGAUAGAGAAAAAAUUAAAAAAGUACUUGAAAAAGAAUUAAAUAUCACUUAACAAUAUGUUUACAGUGCAUCAUAAGAUUAAUUAUAGUAAUUUUAAUAAAUGAAUGAAAAAGCAUUUUAAAAAUUGAAUGUUAAUAAAGAAUUUAUGAGUUCUAAUUUCGAGUGCAAUAAGAAUUUUUUUAAAGUUCUCUAUGAUCUAAGUUUAGGGUUAGCUCGAUUGCUCUUCCCAGAAAUUGUUAAAAUUAGAAAUAAUCUAGAUUCACUUCAUAAAGUUCUUCCAACGCUAGUUCUUGUUGAUGAUCUUUUCAUCUUAUUAACACUUGACUCAGUAUUUUCACACACUGAUUCUACUUUAGUGAAUUACACAGCAUUUUUUGAAUUAAGGAAAAAAAACUAUUCAGAGGAUUAAGUCAUGUACAAGACAAUGUACUAAAGAGUGAUGAGAGCAUAUGAAGUAUUUUUUGAAUGA